AUGCCGUCGGUCGUCGUGCAAGCGGCGGUCGCGCCGAAAUCGGGCGCCGCCGGCUUCUGCAAGCUCCUGAGCUCGACCGUCGCCGGCACGCUCGGCAAGCCCGAGUCCUACGUGCUCACGACCUUCACGAAGGUCGACGCCGUCUGCUACGGCGGCGACGCGGAGACGCCGGCCGCGUUCCUCUACCUGUCGUCGCUCGGCGCGAUCACGCCCGAGACGAACGCCGCGACGAGCGCGGCGCUCGCCGAGGUCCUCGAGGCGGAGCUCGGCGUGCCCAAGGGCCGCUACUACAUCAACUUCUUCGACAGCGAGCGCUCGAACAUGGGCUACAACGGCGGCACCUUCUAG